UUUUGUAAUAACAGGUAUUAUAAUAUACAAUCUAUAUACGGGUAAAAAUAAGAAACGGACAAGAACGGCGCUGCGGAGUUUCCGAAGAGGUUCCAGACGACCCUUUUCACAGACCAAACAGUGGGAAAAACGGUGUAAGUGUAUGUUUAUAUGUGCGGGAGGGGAUGAUAGAAGCACCAGUGUUUUCAAUACCUUGGCUGAACUCAGCGCUGAUUACUUUAAGGGUGUAGAUUUAGUGCCGACGGAUGUGAUCGCCGGCCUGAUACUUCUCAGUCGGCAACAAGAACGUAAACGUCAACAGUUAAGAAUUUAUAUUGCCGACGAGAAGGAAACGAAAGGGUAUAGUAUGGUGCCAACAGAUGACGUUGUAGAUGCCCCGGAUGUAAUAUGCGAGUGUUUACCAACGCCGAGAGAUUGGAUGACACUAGAUAACAUGAGUCACUAUCUAAAAUUUGCUAUUGGUAGCUAUGGCUGGCCCUUCUAUGUAACUCUAGUCAAUCCAAUACUAGGGGCAUGCUCCCUUAUUACACAGUGCAGUUGUUUUUCAUGUCGGGACGAUCAGGGUUCUGUCUACAUGGAUAAUUGUUGUAUGUGUAAUACAGCUGCUUUCAAGAAAACCACAGGUCUACAUCAUGACGAUAUUGUCUACGCUUGCUUUAAAAAUGAGAUUUACGAACUUCCAUUCUAUGUGGUGAUAGACAGAGAAUCAAAUUCGGUUGUUGUUGCCAUUAGAGGGACACUUUCUUUACAGGAUGUCAUUACAGACUUGGUGAUAGAACGUGGCGACCUUGACAUUACUGGGGACCUCUGCGCAUGCGCACACAAUGGUAUCCUACAAAGUGCAAACUACAUAAAGCAAAUCUUAGAAGAGAAAAAUAUUCUUAAAAAAGCUUUUUCAUUAGCAGAAGGUGCUGAUCUAGUUAUUACUGGACACAGUCUUGGAGCCGGCGCGGCAGCUUUGUUGGCCAUUCUUUUAAAACCAUCAUAUCCAAAAUUAAAAUGUUUUGCAUUUUCACCACCGGGAGAAUUAGUCAGUCCUACAGUUUCAAAAUAUGCAGAAGAUAUUGUAUGUUCAGUCGUUCUUGGUGAUGAUAUUAUUUCUAGACAAGGCAUGCUGAUGAUGGACGAUCUUAAAAUCAAUAUAUUAAAAGCUAUACAUCAAACUAGAUUACCAAAGUAUAAGAUAUUUGCAAGCGGUUGUUGGCGGAUGUGUUGUGGCAGAGCAGGGACUUUGGAAGAGAAUAUCAAAUAUGCUCAUGUAGAUGAAGACCCUAAAAAUGAAAAUGGAGGAAGCACAUAUAAUGUUAACAGAUGUAGUUUAGAAAUGUCGCUUACAGAAUGUAUGGCGCAUAGUCAACAUAUAAAAAGUACAUAUCAACCUCUUGUUCUACCUGGGCAAAUUCUUCAUGUUGAACAAAGUCAUAUCAGCGGUGACGAAGAGUACACAGCUGCUUGGAAGUUACCAGAAACUUUUACAGAAAUUAUUGUUAGUCCGGACAUGUUAGCACAUCAUUUCCCAGACGCUUUACUAGACGCCAUUGAUGAAUUACGAGAAAAGAAAAUUCCUGUGAAACAAAUCACCACGACAACAAACGGAAAUAAAAUAGAUACACGAAUAAUGAUUGACUAAAAAUCGUAGUUGUUUGUAGCGUCAGUUGUGUAUUAAAUUCCGUUUUAUUUUCCACUUCAGGAAAAAUAACCGCCAACAGAAGUUGUCCCCUUCUUAACUGCACUUUGUCACCUUAUGGCAGUAACGGGUUAACUUCUCGUAUGAUUUAAUAGAAGUUAACCUCUUAUUGCACUAAGAUGACGAUUUGUGCAUUUCCACUGGUCAGUUUUUUGUAAGUUUUUUUUUUUGUAUUUUGACACCAUGCACUACUAGUCAUUUAAGUAUUACACUGACCCUGAUGACUCGCUAUUAAAUGUGGUUUCAGAUUAUGGGUAAAAUAACAAUAUGUGUUUUGCUGUCGCAUAUAAUUACUUAUCUCUCUUUUGUUUCAAUCCUCAUGCAUGCAUUCUUUAUAUUUUUUUCAGAAUCUUAAUUUAAAGGAAUCAUAUAGUACAGAUUUUUUAACAUUUGAAUUGGAAUAAGUUUCUCUGUUAAAAAGGACAUACAAAGCAAUUAUAAAAAAUAUGAAAUAUAAGCAUACGACAACAGAAAAAAAGUUGUGUAACACUGGGUUUAACCCUUCUGAAAACUAAAGAGACAUUAUUUUUUCAGCUAAGGGUAUAUAGUGAGUGAACAGGUGAAAGUCAAAAUAAGUUUACAUUUAGCCAUAAUUCAAUGCAAUUUCAUAAUUUAUUUUGCAUGAACGAUAAAUAACUCACGUGGAACAAGGUAAUUUCUGUAAAUACCCAUCGAAAUUUACCUGCAUAUUUUAAAUUAUUACAUUUAUUAUGUUUUAUCCUUAACAUUUUCCAGUAUCAACUAUUGAUCAAUCCCCAUUAAAAUAGUCAAUCUAUUGAAAUAUAUAGUCAAUUCAGCUCAACUAGACAAUGAAAAAAUAGCAUAAUGCCACUUCAAACGUUCGAUAUCUAAAACAUCAACCAUUUUAUACUUUAAAAUUUCAUUUGCUUUAAAUGUUUCAAGAACACAUCAAUUUCAUUUAACGUACAACUCUACUGUAAAUACAUGCAUAUACCGUGUGUAAAUGCUUCAUGUAUACACCUGGAAAUAAGUUAAGCACACCCCGGAAAUUUGAAAUUGGUUGUGAUUGAAAUCACUGUCAUGAGAUGACGACUUAAAUGAGUUAAGAAAUAGUAUUUUAGAAGUUUAGUAAUCAUAAACCAGUAAAUUUAUGAGUUUAGUUUAUAUUUUCGGUAAAUGUUGACGAUUACAUAACCUUUAAUGACAUUAUGAAGCCAAGUUUUUGAUAACCGCCACGUGCCCGAAUGAUAGCCUCAACCCUUCUCCUUAUUAUACCAGUAAGGCGUCUAAUGUGAUUUUGAGGUAAUUUUUGCCAUUCUUGGUGCAGAGCUUGUUCCAGUUGUUGCAGGUGGUUCGUACCAUUGCCCAAAUAAAAUUUAAAAUUUCUGUUGUGGUCAUGUCAAAACUGAGACAAAAUGUCGGAUGUGCUUAACUUAUUUCCAUGUGUAUGUAAAAGUCGGUGAAUAAUGUAAUGGAAAGAAACAAAUUUGGGGAUACCAGAUAUGAUAUGAAAUAUUGUCAUAGAAAACAAUAAGUGUGCUUCUUAAACCUUGCAAAAAAAGAGAAUAAUUUUAGUAUUUUGAAAUAAAUGUCAUUUUCUGCUAUUCAUGUUUGUUUCUGGACAAUUUAAUGAUGAUAAACUCCCCAAUUUAAUUAAGUAUAAGGACAAAAAUACAGUGACAGAAACGAAGCAAUGACGUUUAACUUAAGCAUUCUCUAGCAUAAUCUAUCUUUUUAUAUAAAAUCUAUACAUGGUAGAAAAUGCCAAUGGUAUAAUGAUGCAAACACUGUUUAUAUAACUAUAAAUGUGACACCCUGACUUCAUUUUUUAAUGUCCGACUUAUUCUAGUGUUUCAAUACGCACCUUUAUUAUGUAUGAAUUUUAUUUUUGCAAUCAUGUGAUGUGUGCUAAAAUUUUGGAAUCAAAAUGUUCUCUCAUUAAUUUUAUCAGCGAAUCAAUCAUUGGUCUGAAUAACCGAGUGUUUGUGUUAAAUGAAAUCCAAGGUUGUGUUUAUAGUUUAAUAUUCUAUUGUUAUAACUAUUGGAUAUGUAUUUGCAAAAAACAGACAUAGACACAUUCCUUUUAUGUUACUUUUAUUUACAAGAAAUAAACUUACGAUUU